UUCAGAGGAAAAUUUGAUACAUUUGUUGGUUCUCGGAGAAAAUCUAACAGUAAUUCGAAAUCAAAUACGACUGUAGUGACUGAUUCAGAUGGGAAUGUUGAAUCAGAAUCUUCAUUAAUUGUAAAAUUAGAUGAUACAGAUGUAACAAACUUAAAUUCAAUUUUUAAAGAAGAAAUUAAAAAACCUCCUGUUAUAUUAGCCGACAUCGAUCUCACGGCAUUGUAUAAUAACUUAACUAAAAUACAACAUUUAGAAGAUGUGAUUGGGAAUGAUCGAACUAAUUUAGAUAAAAUGAUACAAACUCAUGGAAAAUUGCUAGCAUCCAAUAUAAAUUCAAACAAUUGAAAAAUAUGUUGUAAAUUAUUUUCGGGUAAAAUUAAAUAACAAUGUAUCUGUGUAUCGUUAUUUUAAUUAAAUGUUUAGUUUCUAUAUAAGAAGUGUAUAUCCUUGAUUGGUUUAUCCAGUGACAAUGUGGCUCAACAUUUUAAGCGCAUGUCAACAUUGAUAAUUUCAGAUUAUGUAUUUUAAUGAAUUACAUAAUUUAUUUUUAAAUGAAUAAAUUUACUUGAACUAUUUUUAUAUUUUUAAACAAUUAUAUUUAUAUAGUACAAAAACUACUAUUAGACGUUUUUGAACUAUUUA